CUCCCAGCCGGCCGGAGCCAGGGCCGGGGCCGGGGCCGCCAUUGCCAUCGGGACGGCGGCGGCACAAGUGGCGCCAUGAAGAUCUGGAGCUCGGAGCACGUGUUCGGCUUCUGUUUGAGUAACUGUGGGGCUUGCUUUGAAAAUCUGCCACCUGCUGGAACAUAAAGGUGUGUCUUGAUACUGCAUGAAAAGGCUAAGUGACAAAAAGAGAGAUCACUUCAGAGGCCUUUGAAACAUGUACUUCUACGGAUGCAAGUGUAACUAGAUCAGCUCAGACACCCAUGGGAUACUGUAAUCAAAGCUGCUAUGAGAAAAUACCCAAAUCCCAUGAAUCCAUGUGUAGUAGGAGUAGAUGUGCUAGACAGAAGCCUUGACAACCAGGGAAGGUUACAUAGUCAUCGCCUCCUCAGCACAGAAUGGGGACUGCCAAGUAUUGUAAAAGCGAUUUUGGGAACAAAUAGGACUUUGACAUACAUCAAAGAACAUUCUGUAGUAGAUCCAGUGGAAAAGAAGAUGGAACUCUGCUCCUCCAAUAUUACCCUCACAAACUUGGUGUCGGUUGAUGAAAGAUUGGUCUACAGACCUCAUCCAGAAAACCCUGAAAAGACUGUACUGACACAAGAAGCAAUUAUUACGGUAAAAGGAGUUAGCCUGAGCAGUUAUUUGGAAAGUUUAAUGGCAAAUACAAUAUCCUCCAAUGCUAGAAAGGGCCGAGAUGCUCUGGAAUGGGUGAUCAACAAACUAAACACCGAGUUUGAGGAACUGAAACUCUCAACACGGGAGAGCAUGAAAUCCGCAAUGGCAGCAGCAUCAACAGAGAAUUGAGGCCACAGCACUGAAGAGCUGUGACAAACAGCAUUAUUCUAUGAACUCUUCCUUAGGCCUCCUCCAAGACUGAGCCACCAUCACUUUUUGUAUAUGAACAUUAGAUACAAAAGAACUUGAAAAAUGAAUGUUGGGUAUCUCCAGCCUCCACACAGCUGCUUUAGAAUCCAUUGAAGAUAUAAGUAGAGAAGUUCAAGUUAGUCUCUUUAUUUUGUGCCCUCCAGACAACUGCAACAGAAUCUUUGGCAGUUUUUUAAAUAAAAAAAAAUGGUAAGGUGUACCUUUUAUAGAGGAGGCUUUUUCCAUUUGAUACCCUCAGUUUGAAAGUUUUGGUGUAUUUGAGCCUCCACCCUUUUCUUUUUUUUUUUUUUAAAGGGAGCAACUAGUGCCACGUGGAGGGUAGAUGGGUACAAAAAGCACUGACUGUUGUUCCCAUUUUCACUGUUUGAUAGUCUCUUAUGGUUAAGUGGAAAUGUAAGGAGGAGAGCGUGACACUUUGUAGAAUAACAGAGGUGUUUACUUGGGACACGUAAGCUGCAUCUUGCAUGAUGGCACUAACUUGCAUUGUUAAAUGCAGUGUCUGAACAAAAAACAUACUUACCUCUUGGAUAUUUUGUAUCCAAAUGUAGAUUUUUAUAGUCAUGAAUAAUCUUAACUAUAAUAACUAUCUUUGUAGCUUUACUGGGGGAUUGAGGACUUAAUUUAUUUUCAUAUUUAUUAUUCACUGGCUCUAGGGUUUUCUGUGUUUAAAAAAGAGCAACUGAUGUCUCACGGAAAGCACUGGAUAAAAGUUCACUCCAUUCUUUUAAUGCGGAGGUUUUGAAGAAUAUCUUUUACUGCUUCGUGGGUCCCUAUUCUGCACUUCAGAUCAUAACUAUAGAUGCAAAUCUGAUGUCACAAAUAAAAGCAAUCAUCUGAAGAAUCAGCAGGAAACUGAGACCAACUCUAAGAGUAAUGUGUUAUUUUUCUUGUAAUUCUUUCGUUCUAAUAAAAGACUACUGAAAAUUAGAGGCCAAAUUGGCUUCUUUUUUUCCAGAGCUUUCCAUAAGCCAUCACUGGUUCUCUAUUUAGUUUUUUUUAAGUAACAUUUUUAACAUAAUUUGGUCAUGUUGGCACAAAUAAUCUUUUUUAGGCUUAUUUAAACAUUUAAGUUUUUCACUGUCAGAACAAGGAAUUAAUGCAUUUCACAGAGUGAAAUAAUAGAAAAAACAAGUUAAAUAGCCUUUCAGAAAGUAUGAAAUCCAGAAUUGUUACACAGUAUCAGCUUGUUUUUAAACGGACACAAGAAGAUGAACAUAUUGUGAAAGUACUGAAAGUUUUGGAUGCAACCUUUAAGUGAAAAUAGAUGUGUUUGUGGGUUUUCUGAGUUUUUCUGUGCACAGACCAAAGGAACAGUGUUCUGAAGAGCUGUUUUCUUGCGCAAGCAGAAAAUAAAUGGUUUUGGAAGUCUAUUUUGACCUGGAUUUCCACAAUUUUUUUAAAUAAUGGACAAGAGAUGGAAUUAUUGUUUGAUUUGCUUUGAUUUGGGUACCUGAAAAUGUUAUGUUGGGGGAAACUAACCAAUAAAUCUAGGUAACUGUACAAACUGUACCAAUGCCUAAAUUGCUGGCUUUUAAAAUACAAGUAUAAAUUAGAACUGUAUCAAAAUGUA